AUUUAAGACAGGUCGCAUUUGUCCUUACAUCACAAUUUUAAAAGUUUCUUGCCUGUGGUCUUCAUUUUCUACCUGUAGUUAUGAAACUCUUCCUCAUUGACAGGGAACACCCAUGACAUGCCUGUGUAUAACCUUAAAAUUGUCUUGAGACCACGGCUUGAGUGUGUGUGUAAACACACUGCAAAGGGUCAAAUUCCACUUGUGCAUCAGUUUAGCAACUUUUAGUAGUGGCAACUAGUUUCAGUUGUUUUAAAGGGUCAUAUAGUUAAGAAAUUCUGGCAUUUCUCAGGAUUCUAAAAUAAUGUUUGUUUCACUGGUUGUGAAAAUUCUCCGGAUUGCUGGGAACUAGGAGAAAAGAACAUUUCAACAGGAUUUGGCUAUCAGCAAAUCUGUUUUGGUUUCCUGUUCUGGCCUCCCUACCUAUCCAGCUACAUUAGUGCCCCUGUCGGCAGGUUUCUUCUUUCUUUUACCACAGGAAAAUUGUCCGGCCUCUUUUUCUAGCAUUUUCAGGACCCGCCUGACAGGAAAUUUUCUAAUUGCCGGAACAGCUGGUAGGAGAAAACUUUGCAGGGGCUUGGCCUUCCCUUUCUAACUUAAGUUUUACCGUCAGAAAUUCUUUUAUCACCAUCAUGGUUUCGUAGCCAUGUUUAAAUUUUUGUCUUUUCGUGUUCGCUCUAUACAGGAAGAAGUCAGUAUCAAAGAAAUUGCAAUCACACAUCAUGUAAAGGAAGGACAUGAAAAGGCAGAUCCUUCCCAGUUUGAACUUUUAAAAGUAUUAGGGCAGGGAUCAUUUGGAAAGGUUUUCUUAGUUAAAAAAAUCUCAGGCUCUGAUGCUAGGCAGCUUUAUGCCAUGAAGGUAUUGAAGAAGGCCACACUGAAAGUUCGAGACCGAGUUCGGACAAAAAUGGAACGUGAUAUCUUGGUAGAGGUUAAUCAUCCUUUUAUUGUCAAGUUGCAUUAUGCUUUUCAAACUGAAGGGAAGUUGUAUCUUAUUUUGGAUUUUCUCAGGGGAGGAGAUUUGUUUACACGCUUAUCCAAAGAGGUGAUGUUCACAGAAGAAGAUGUCAAAUUCUACUUGGCUGAACUUGCACUUGCUUUAGACCAUCUACAUAGCCUGGGAAUAAUUUAUAGAGACUUAAAACCAGAAAACAUACUUCUUGAUGAAGAAGGUCACAUCAAGUUAACAGAUUUUGGCCUAAGUAAAGAGUCUAUUGACCAUGAAAAGAAGGCAUAUUCUUUUUGUGGAACUGUGGAGUAUAUGGCUCCAGAAGUAGUUAAUCGUCGAGGUCAUACUCAGAGUGCUGACUGGUGGUCUUUUGGUGUGUUAAUGUUUGAAAUGCUUACUGGUACACUACCUUUCCAAGGAAAAGAUCGAAAAGAAACAAUGACUAUGAUUCUUAAAGCCAAACUUGGAAUGCCACAGUUUUUGAGUCCUGAAGCCCAGAGUCUUUUGCGAAUGCUUUUCAAGCGAAAUCCUGCAAACAGAUUAGGUGCAGGACCAGAUGGAGUUGAAGAAAUUAAAAGACAUUCAUUUUUCUCAACAAUAGACUGGAAUAAACUGUAUAGAAGAGAAAUUCAUCCACCAUUUAAACCUGCAACGGGCAGGCCUGAAGAUACAUUCUAUUUUGAUCCUGAGUUUACUGCAAAAACUCCCAAAGAUUCACCUGGCAUUCCACCUAGUGCUAAUGCACAUCAGCUUUUUCGGGGGUUUAGUUUUGUUGCUAUUACCUCAGAUGAUGAAAGCCAGGCUAUGCAGACAGUUGGUGUACAUUCAAUUGUUCAGUUACACAGGAACAGUAUUCAGUUUACUGAUGGAUAUGAAGUAAAAGAAGAUAUUGGAGUUGGCUCCUACUCUGUUUGCAAGAGAUGUAUACAUAAAGCCACAAACAUGGAGUUUGCAGUAAAGAUUAUUGAUAAAAGCAAGAGAGACCCUACAGAAGAAAUUGAAAUUCUUCUUCGUUAUGGACAGCAUCCAAACAUUAUUACUCUAAAGGAUGUAUAUGAUGAUGGAAAAUAUGUGUAUGUAGUAACAGAACUUAUGAAAGGAGGUGAAUUGCUGGAUAAAAUUCUUAGACAAAAAUUUUUCUCUGAACGAGAGGCCAGUGCUGUCCUGUUCACUAUAACCAAAACCGUUGAAUAUCUUCACGCACAAGGGGUGGUUCAUAGAGACUUGAAACCUAGCAACAUUCUUUAUGUGGAUGAAUCUGGUAAUCCAGAAUCUAUUCGAAUUUGUGAUUUUGGCUUUGCAAAACAGCUGAGAGCGGAAAAUGGUCUUCUCAUGACUCCUUGUUAUACUGCAAAUUUUGUUGCACCAGAGGUUUUAAAACGACAAGGCUAUGAUGCUGCUUGUGAUAUAUGGAGUCUUGGUGUCCUACUCUAUACAAUGCUUACCGGUUACACUCCAUUUGCAAAUGGUCCUGAUGAUACACCAGAGGAAAUAUUGGCACGAAUAGGUAGCGGAAAAUUCUCACUCAGUGGUGGUUACUGGAAUUCUGUUUCAGACACAGCAAAGGACCUGGUGUCAAAGAUGCUUCAUGUAGACCCUCAUCAGAGACUGACUGCUGCUCUUGUGCUCAGACAUCCUUGGAUCGUCCACUGGGACCAACUGCCACAAUACCAACUAAACAGACAGGAUGCACCACAUCUAGUAAAGGGUGCCAUGGCAGCUACAUAUUCUGCUUUGAACCGUAAUCAGUCACCAGUUUUGGAACCAGUAGGCCGCUCUACUCUUGCUCAGCGGAGAGGUAUUAAAAAAAUCACCUCAACAGCCCUGUGAAGUGACCUCAGUGAGAUAUUUGGUACCAUGGUGUAAGCUGAUAGCACAAGUUCUGGCGACAGGUAGCACAUAUCUGAGAGACACCUGCAAGCACACACUGUCCCAGCUGGUACCCAUAAUGCUGCUGUUCCUGCUGCUGCUCCUGCUUUCGUCUCUUCUCGCUUUAAAUGAUUGUUAGCAAGUUAGAUUUUCCUGGAGCUUCGGAAGAAAUGAAAAUGGAAACAUGAUGAAGAUACAGUCACUGAAUCAAUGAGAAAAAUGAUGAACAUAUGAAUACCACCUAAAAAUACACUGAAUAAAGUACACCAUAUAGCAUUAUUUUUAUAGGAAAUAUUUCAUGUCCCUUAAAUAUUCUUUGUUAGUUAUAGGGAUGGACAGUUUAUGUUAAGCACUUAGCUUAAACAAUCCGUUUAUAUUAGCACUGUAUCCCUUGUGCCAUCCAACAUUUUGUAUGUUUUUGUAAACAGUUCAUAUACAGUACAUUUCUGUACUGCUUUCUUUAAUGUAUACAUGCCUUGUUUAACUUGGAAUCUAUUAUUAUUAAUCAAUUGACUAUUAAAUCUGGUUAAAUAGUUCACCUGGAUUAACAGUAUUGUUGGACAGCCCUAAAAAUGGCCAGAUUGUGGAACAGCUGUUGAAUGUAAUACUUCCAAAAUGUACAUAUCUUUCCCCAUGUCUUUUUCACUGGUUCAUUCAUUCGUUUGUUUCUUAAAGUCAGGUGCUCUGUCAGACUAACCUAGAGAGCUGUUAUGGUAGAGAAAGUUAUAUGUGUGUGGCAUGAAAUCAAGAAUACACCUAUGAAGUUAGUCCAUAUACUUUGCAACUCCUUAGAGUUCUUUUUUCCUUAAUUAAGGAAGUAGUCCUUGUACUUCUAAUCUUACAUAGCAUCCAUACUUAGAAUUUGGCAUAUCAUCUGGGAUUUUGCCAAUAUACGUCAAAGCCCUUUAAGAGUCAUGGUAAGGAGAUUGGUGAAGGAAAAUUUAGCAACAGGUAAUUGAAGUCCUAUUGGAUAUUUCAUGUUUAAAUAGAUAUUCUAUAUUAAACACUAAUUUAAAUGUAAUAAAGGCCAAAGGCCUCUAUAUGAAAUUGGAUUUAAACUUUCUUAUUUUAGGGAAUAAAACAUUAUUGAUCAAACAGUAUCUGUUAUAACCUAAAAUUAUAGGUAGGGCAGGCUAAGUGAACAGCAUUAAGUAUUUUCUGAAUCCCUCAUGAUAAUUUAUAGCCACAUACUGUUUCCUUUGACUUCAGGAAUGAUCAGUUUUCAUAAUGGCCACUGGGCCUGCUUAGAUUGCGGUAUUCAUUAUCUGCAUCUAAUUUGGUAGUUUCCACAAUUGUAUUUGACGAAAGAAACUUCAGUCCCCAUUAUUACCUGUGUCUUUGCCAAGCUGCUUAGCAUACAUUAGUAUGUAAUGUAAAAGACAUAUGAGCAAGAAAAAAGUGAUUUAACUUACCUCAUCAAGAAUGUACCCAUACGGGCCAGGUGCAUUGACUCAUGCCUGUAAUCCCAGUACUUUGGGAGGCCGAGGCAGGUGGAUUACCUGAGGUCAGGAGUUCGAGACCAGCCAGCCAACAUGGCAAAACCCCAUCUCUACUAAAAAAUAAAAAAAUUAGCUGGGCAUGGUGGCACGUGCCUGUAAUCCUAGCUACUCAGGAGGCUGAUGCAGGAGAAUCGCUUGAACCUGGGAAGUGGUGGUUGCAGUGAGCUAAGAUCACGCCAUUGCACUCCAGCCUGGGCGACAGAGUGAGAGUCUGUCUCAAGAAGAAGAAAAAAAAAAGAAAAGAAUGUACUCAUGGAUUUUUCUUGUCAUCAUGUAAUAAGCCAUUUAUAUCAGAAACCUUUUUUCCUGCCACAGAAGCUUUAAAUUUUCCCCUAAGAGUACAAAGCCAAGAGAGUGUGGUUUAUCUAAAUGUCCUGAAAUCCACUUGUCAUUCCUUGAUUUCUCCUCUAUGCAAUUAAAGAGAAAGGGGAAAUUUAUAACAUUUAUUUUGCCCAAGUGACACAAAAAAGAUUACUGCAUAGAAAUCAAAUGUAAGUUUAGCUUCUAAAGGAAAUAAUGUAUAGGAGGGAUAUCAGAAUAUCUACAUAGAGAAAGUAUUUUCAAAUUCUUGAAUAUAUGGAUGCUAACUAUUAAAAGCUGCUUUCCAUUGCCUGGAAAGGGAGCUUUUUUCCCCUCCUCUAUUCAGUGUUUCAAACUAUGGUCAUCUCAAAUUAUUGUCACUUUUAAAAUGUUAAUGUCAUUCUGAGCAGAAAAAGAGAUAUUUUCAGAUUUUUUACACUGAUGCUACUCCAUAAUUGCUUAGGAGUAUUGUCCAUCAUAGUCUUUUAGAAUUAGAAGUAAACACAUAAAUCCUUAUAAAUUACCCGAUCCAACUUUCUCAUAUUGCAUGUAGAGAACCUAAGACACAUAUCAAAGUCUAGAAUCCUUAACUUCUCCCCAUUUUGAUUUUUUCCCCCCUCAUAACACCAUGCUGCCUUUCCUUCAUAUGAUCACCAACCAGUAGCUGAGUUCAAAAACUACAUAUUUCUUGGGCAGUCCUCUACUGGUAUAUGAUGCCAACUUUUAUUUCUUUCGAAGAUAAUUGCCUUCUUUGCCUAGUCAAGCAGCCAAUUUUAUUGGAGAAAAGCAAGUUAUAUGUUCACAAAAUGGAAGGCUUUCUACCUAAAUUUAUUUCAUCUGUGGUCCUGUUAGUCCCUUCCAUUGCUUUUGACAUACAGUGGAAAAACUUGGCCAACAAUGUGCUCUAAAUAUAGUGCUUGUAUUGGGUUAACUUUUCCAUUAAUUUCUCAACGUCAAUUCUUCAGGCCCCUACAGGUGUGGUAUUGAGGCCCCUAAAGGCUUCUGCCUUUCACCAAUUAGUGCUGCCAAUUACUGAGGCUUCUCCCAGAAGGUGUCAGUCCAGUCUUAAAGAUAUUUCAUUGUGAAAGAAGAAACUAAACUAUCAGGCCUCUUUUACAAAAUGAGAGAUUGAAUUUAAGCUUGUCAAGCACAUACUGGAAAGUAUGAAUUACACUACCAUGUGUUUUGUAUCUUCCCUUUGAAGUGAUGAUGUUAAAUGAAGGUAAGUUUUUCAUCCUUUUUUAAUUUUUGUUUUUUAUAAAUCAUUUCAGCUUUUUCUGGUUUAUAGAGGUGUCUUAUUUCUAAUGCAACAGACCCCCAACUUGAACAGAUCUGAUAUGGAUGCAUUGAUUCACAAGCAACCCCAAAAGUCCAAAAAUGUAAUAAUUUUGACAAGGCCCAAAGUUGAGAUGCUAUAAAGCUUGUGUGUGUGAAAAGUCAGUUAUGAUUGUCUGGAGAGAACGUGUGGUGUGUAUGCUGUAGAGUUUCCACAUUUCAUAUGCAGUGCACUCCAAAAAGCGGGUUUGGGUCAACCAUUUCCCAUCUCUUUUCAAGAAGUGACUGCUAUUGGGGCCAGGGGACAUCAUGGGAGGUGGGGCUGUCCCAUUAACUGUGCCCUGCACCUUCAGCCCAGGAAGGAUUUGAACAGAGGGUAGGUGGGUGCAAAGGCAUCAAGAGAGGGCAGAAUGUAUUCAGCAGAAAAGGGACUCAGGUAAGCCUAACCUAGGAUGAGAGCAGAAAAGUAUUCAAGAUUUGCAGCCCUUGCUAUGGAUGCACUUAAUCACCACGGAGGCCAGGAAUACACAUCUCAACAUGGCUUUGAUAUUCUCUACUUCCUGGCCUUUAAAAAUGACCUAUAAUUUUUCAGUUUGCUUUACUAUAUUUUAUAAAGAAAAUUCUAUCUUAUGAUUGAUGGAGCAUUGAAACUUAUUAAGGCAUUAGGAUAGAUAGCUCAGGAAUGUAAAGGUUCAGAAAAGGUCUGUUUUCUCAGAUUAACGAAUAUGAUGGAUUCCAUGGCUGACCUUGGUGCUUAAACCAGGAGGUUUCAAUCUAGUCCUAGAGUUGUGUCCCUCUGAAAGGCCCAAUGCCAUGUAACUAAUUUUAAACUGGAUAUAUACUUUGAGCCUUACUUAAUUCACAGAUAACUUGACUUAACGCAGUAUUUUUUUUUUUCAAUUAAUGAAAAUAGUCCUCUUUUCAACCCCAGGUUGCUUACAUUUUGCUGGUCUCCCCAAGUGACCAUUGGUGGAGACCAAUUAAUGAAGGAAUGAAAUUCACUUUCUUGGGACUGUGGUAUUCAACAGAGCCACAUUUAACUACUUUUUCCAAUGAAGAAUCUCCAGAAUGAUAAUGCCCAAAUAUGGAUGGCCAAGAAGAAUUUGUAUCUACAGUGUGCUUUAUGUGUUUUUGACACUGCUGUAUUCUGUGUGAUCAAUUGAUUUGCAACUGGUUCCAAUGUGACUGAGUGUUCUCAAAGAAUUCUAGUAACUAAGUCAACUUAAUUUUCUAAAGCCUGGUAUUACUAUCAGCCUCACAUUUACCACUUUGAUUCUAGUUUUUUAACUUCAUAACAGGGCAUACCAAGGGUUGGGAUGAGAGCCUACUUCCUACCUCUUAAGGCACUUUCCUCAUUAUUUUGCCAUAUAAUCCUGAACUGCAUGAUAAGCUGUUUAAGUGUCCAUGACUUCUCCCAGAGCAACUAGCAAAGUAUAUGACAUUUUGAAUAGAGAUUAGUGGAAAGGAAAAUGUAGAGAUUUAAGUUCAGAGGUACAAACCUCAAUAAAACCUCUUUAGAGCACAUACCAUGAGUAGAGUAUAUAUAAACGUAUAUGAGAAGAGAGUUGCUAUAAUAGUCCUCUCUAAGUAGAUUAGUUCAUUGUCUAAUGGAAGUGAACAUCUUUACUCCUAUUAUCACCAUAGUACUGAAUGAACUGUAUACUGAGUUUUUCAAAGAAGUAUUUAAAAUAGAACUUUCACCUACAAAGCAAGGGCAUAAAGAUUUUGGUUUGUGUUUCUGUAAGUGUAGUUUACCAUCUAAAGCUUUGUUUUUUAAUUUUAAAAAAAGCUUCAAGGUAUUGCCUUCCUUAGCAUCCUUACUGAUUAUGGGUGAUGAGUUUUUAACUCUUAAAAAUCAUAUACAUAUAUUAGUUUAUCUUAACUAUUGCCCUAAGCAAAAGGGAAGGUAUACACCUAAGGGUUGUACUUAUUUUGCAUUUUUGGUCAUGGGUGGGAAUGGGGUGGGUGCCUACUUAAAUAGUUUUUAAAAAAGAAAAAAAUCACAAAUAUUUUUCUACUAUUAUAUAUGAUCUUCCUUUAUACUAGUUUCUCUCUAGUAAGGCAUGCCAGAAGCCCAGAUACCAUAUCAUGGAUUCUUAUGUAUUGUACCUUUCGUUGGUGGUUAAAUCGCAUCAGAUGCUUGGCAUUGCUGCCAUAAUUAUAAAAUGCUUGUAAAGGAUCAAAUAUCACUAAAUACUUUAAAUUGUUUUACUUAAGAGUCGAAUCUGGGAAGUUUUCAAAUCAUACUAUUAAUGUGUAAUCUAAGCUCUUCAGAUGUAUCCAUGAAUAAUCCUGGAACAAUAUUGCUUGUAUUCCUGUCAUAGAACAGGUUUUGUAAUCUUUAAAAGAAAUGAAAAUUUAUAUAAUAAAGUUUCAAAUCAA